AUGUCGGGCAAAGGUGGUCACCGCGGCGGUCAAGGGAACCGCAGUGCUGGGAAUUGGGGCUCACAUGGAGCCACCUACAGCUAUGGCGCUCACAAUGCCGCUCACAACCCGUUCGAGGUGAAACUGCCGAGGUUCUUGAACUGGCUUGAGUACAAUGAGGUGGAUCAGUCAGAGAACUCGCUCAUCAUGGUGGACGAUCGGGAUGUGCGCAUGGUCUCGCCGUUCCAAUGUUGGCUGACACGGGAGAUCAUGGCCAACUCGGCAAGCUCCAUCAACGUCUUGACCGAGAGAGAUCAGGUCAUGCCACCCAACUCGGGCUUCCACCUUUCGCUGUUCGGGAACUACACCUUGGAUGGGAUCAAGGCGGUGAUCGGACACCUCAGCUACACUGAUGUCAAGGUGUACAACGGCAAUGAGAUCCUGUUUCACUGGAUCUUCAGGGGAUAUCGGGCAGACACUGAUCUGACCGUGCAGCAGCAGUUCGUCGAUGAGGUCCUGCUCAGGGAGUGGUCGUGGUCUCGCUUUGAGCUCCGGGUGUGCAAUCGAUCGUCGCAAGACGCCAUGGGCAACGAUGCAGAUCGUGUGGAGUUCAGGUUCAGAGACGCCAACACCAGGCUGGAUCUGAAGUGCCAGAGGACUGCAGUGCCAGGAACCUGGCUGACGGUCUCACACAUCUCCGGGCCAACCCUCAUCCAGACGAUCCAGAACGUUCGGCAAGCUCGUGCUCGAGUUGAAGGGCCGGAGCACACUGAACAGUUUGGUCAACUGGCAGCGGUGCAUGAGCAUUGGUUCAAUUGGGCGGUUGCGGAGAACGCUGAAGAUGUGGGGUGCCUGGUCGAUUUUAUUGGUGAUCUCGACGAGGGGAACUUCCACAUCACCGCUACGUCCAAGCUCUGGACCAGGGCGCCGGAGAUCGUGAACCCCAAGGCGAUCGCAGAAAUGCAGCAUCAAGAGGCAGGCCUAGCAGCUCCUUUUGGGCCGCCGGCGAUCACCGAGGGCGCUUGGAGGCACGUGGCUGAGCGGGUCGUAGUCACUCCAGCCAUUUUCGCAUCCCAGAUCCGGUCGAAGACUUUCAAUGAGACGUCGGCCACGAUCGAGGAGGUAGACAAUCUGCCCCCUGGAGAUCUUGAGCUCCCGACGGCGGCAAGUGGAGGGCGGCCAACAGAUGCCGCAGGAAUGGAGGUGGAGACCAAGAUCCCUGGUCGCCGCUGCUCCAGCGUUAGUCGGAUCCGACGCGGAUUGGGACGGGUCGGAUGUCGUCGUUCUUCUCGUUGGGUCGCUCGAUCACGCGACGACGACGAAGUGGAUGCUCGACCGAUUCGCCGUUGGCUGGGGCUCGGGCGAUCCGAGUUCUGGCUGGCGCUGGAUGUCGAUGAAGGAGCGGAUGAUCAGAUCGCUCGGAUGCUGGGCGCAAUGGGGGGGGAUCAGGAGGAUAGGGACGUGGUACUUCGACGGAUCGAGUUGGCACCUCUCCUGUUCAACCUGAUCCUUCAAUCACGCUCGAAGAUCAUGGGCGAGAUUGCCACCGACUUGGGGUAUGGUCAUGGAUCGGCCGUUCGACCACUAAGUGUGGUUGAGGUGCAGGCGGGAUCGCAUGCUCAGAUCAAUCGAUCCUUGCCUGGGGCAGAGAUCACUGCCGGCGAGCAAGCAGAGAUCCGUGAGCUGGUCUUCGGUGCAGGCGCGUUUCGCACGAUCCGUGUGAAUGUGCUCGCAUGGGAGCGAAUGGAGAAGUGGGCUGGCUCCCAAGGGCUGUCGGUCUACCCCCUCACCAACUCCGUUUUCUCCAAAUACUGCCUGCACCUCUCCAAUUCGAAGUGCGGCCCAUCAGUUCUGCCAGCAGUCGAAGUUCCGCUGCCCGUGGUUGCUGCUCUCGAAUACCUCGUGAAUGCUCUGAUACUGGAGGGCAAGAAGCCGGCGGCUCUCUUCGUGUGGUGGACGCUCAUCUUGAUCUAUGCGUCGCUCAGGUAUGGUCUGCCACCAUUGUCAGACCAAGCUGCAGAAUAG